AUGACUGCUUCUAUCUCUUCUCAAACUGCUAUGGACUAUGAGCACAAGUACUCUGCUCACAAUUACCAUCCUCUGCCAGUGGUAUUUGCCAAGGCUUCUGGAUCAUUGGUAUGGGAUCCCGAGGGAAAAGAGUAUUUAGACUUUUUGUCAGCUUACUCGGCAGUCAAUCAAGGCCAUUGCCAUCCCAAGAUUAUCCAAGCUUUGAUCGACCAGGCGUCCAAAUUGACUCUUAGCUCUAGAGCUUUCUAUAAUGACGUGUUUGGCUCAUUUGCCAAGUACGUGACUGAAUAUUUCGGCUAUGAAAUGGUGUUGCCCAUGAACACCGGUGCUGAGGCGGUUGAAACUGGCAUUAAAUUGGCCCGCAAAUGGGGAUAUAUGAAGAAAGGUAUCCCAGAAAAUGAGGCCAUUGUACUGGCUGCUACUGAGAACUUCCAUGGCCGUACUCUAGCUAUUGUAUCCAUGUCGACUGAUCCAGAGGCCAAAGAGAAUUACGGUCCUUAUUUGAACCAGGUGGGUCCAGUGAUUCCUGGAACUAAUAAACCUCUUCGCUAUAAUAAUAUUGGCGAUCUUGAAGAGGCCUUUGAUCGUGCUGGCGAUAAGAUUGCUGCGUUCCUAGUCGAGCCUAUUCAGGGUGAGGCCGGUAUUGUGGUGCCUUCAGACGACUAUCUGGUCAAGGUGGCUGAGUUAUGCAAGAAACACAAUGUUUUAUUUAUUGCUGACGAGAUCCAGACCGGUAUUGCUCGUACUGGCAAGCUUCUUUGUGUGGAACAUUCCAAUGUCAAGCCUGAUAUUGUAUUGCUUGGCAAGGCCAUUUCUGGAGGAGUCACUCCAGUUUCUGCUGUGCUUUCUUCUAAGGAAAUUAUGAGUUGUUUUGAACCUGGUACCCAUGGUUCAACCUACGGCGGUAACCCUCUGUCAUGUGCAGUUGCCAUUGCUGCUUUACAGGUGGUUAAAGACGAAGGACUGGUUGAACGAGCUGCUACUCUUGGCGAAAAAUUCCGUGACGGCCUUAAACCACUUCUUAAAACCGGCAUUGUCACCGAAAUCAGAGGCAAGGGUCUGCUCAAUGCCAUUGUCAUCGACUCGUCUAAAGCCAACGGCCGCACUGCCUGGGACCUGUGUCUUCUCAUGAAAGACCACGGGCUGCUAGCCAAGCCCACCCACGAAAACAUCAUCCGCCUGGCACCUCCACUGGUCAUCACCGAAGACCAGAUCGCCAAGGGCCUCGACAUCAUCGCCAAGUGCGUGCACGCGCUGCCAACCGCACCGAAGUCUGCCGACCACUGA